CUUUUGUCGAAUGGAGGGCGGAAGCUUAGUCUGAGUAAAGAGCACUGGACUCCAGCUCGGCUCUCUGCUGCGUGGUCGCUUCUUUUUCUGUGUGCCAGUUUUCUCACUUGUACAGCAAGGAGUUAGCCUGAGUGAUUUCAAAGUCCCUUCCAGUUCUGACACUAAAUUCUUCAUUAAAAUGUGUGCUUGGCAUUAUGAGUUUUCAAAGAAGAAUGGAGGAAAAUAUGAAGCUUGCUACAGUGGAAGACACUGUGGAGUAUCACCUAUUCCUGAUACCAGAUGAACCAAGGGACCCAGAAAAACACAAAGAGAUUCUUCAAAAGUAUAUUGAGAGGAUAAUGACUCAGUUUGCACCUAUGCUGGUCCCCUAUAUCUGGCAGAAUCAGCCUUUCAAUCUUAAAUAUAAACCUGGGAAAGUCUUGAUAGGUUGUGUGUUUCUAAGACUGUACUCAUUUCUUCGAAGAUACCCAGAAAAAACUCAAGCCUCCCUUCAUCGUGCACGCUGCUUCCUUCCAGCUGGCAUUGUAGCAGUGUUAAAGCAGCACCCCAGAUUGGUGGCUGCGGGAGUCCAGGCGUUUUACCUGCGGGACCCCACUGACCUGCGAGCCUGCCAUGUUUUCAAGACUUUCUUGCCUGAAACACGAAUAAUGACAUCGGCCACCCAGGCGCCCUGGAGUUGUAUUUUUAAGUCUGAUUCUUUGCAAUUCUUAAAAGAACCUUCCGAGGCUCCAAUCACUUUUGAUGCAGAUUCUUUUCUUAAUUAUUUUGACAAGAUUUUAGGUCCAAGUCCUCAUGAAUCAGACUCCGAUGAUCUGGAUGAAGAAGACUUUGAAUGUUUAGAUAGUGAUGAUGACUUGGAUCUUAAAACCCAGGAGACUGGGGAAGAAGCAUCUGUAAGAGGAACUCUUAAUAAUCUCAAGUCAUACAUGGCCCAGAUGGACCAGGAAUUGGCACAGACCAGCAUUGGCAAAAGUUUCACCACCCAGAAGCAAAUGGAACCUCUAUCCCAGACUACCAAUAAUAAUUCAGAUGAGGAAGAUUCUGGUGCAGGAGGAUCUGUUAUGACACCAGUGGAUAUAGACCUGAACCUGGUUUCAAAUAUACUGGAAUCCUAUAGUUCCCAAGCUGGACUGGCAGGACCUGCAUCCAACCUUUUACAAAGCAUGGGAGUACAGCUGCCUGAUAACACUGAUCACAGACCCACAAGUAAGCCAACGCAAGAUUAGCCAGCACACCUAGCCUCUUUUUUUCUUCUUAAAUAAAUAUUGAGUCUCACUGUGCUCAUGUAUAGUUUAGAUGACUCAUUUAGUAAAAAUGUUUCUUCAGUACAAGUUUCACAGGCUAACUUCUCCUCUGUGAGCCCCAAAUGUUGUCCACUCUGCAUAAGUCUUUGUGAUCUCAGCUGAGGUACAUACAAGGUUUUGAAGUCAGCAGAAGAGAGAAAAAUCAAGCCCCUGGACAGCCCCUGAGAGAUUUACACACUCCGCGUUUAGAACAUUAAGUUGAUCUUUACUGAGGAUUAAAGGAAGAGAAAGGAGGGUGAUAGGCAAAAAUGAGAAGUGAAUGAGUUGCUUUUUUAUUCCAGUUACCAGAAAUGACCUUUAGCCAGGCUCACUCUGGUGACAAAUACAUUUGUUUUAAUGUUUUACCUGUUUUUGCUCUUCUGCUUCACGGACUGAGUGGGCUCUUUUUAUCCUUACCACCUUCAUCACUCAUUGCCACAUGAAUAUUGUCCAGCCAGGUAGGCCCUGUACGAAAGUUCCUUUUAUUUAUCUGCCAUUUUCAGUACCUCAGCCCUGCCCUCUUUUGCCUCAGCUUUCAGAUAUCCUUGGAGUUCUAAGAAGCAAAGCCCUCCUCCCACUCACUGCCAGGAAAUAAAGUUCAGUGUCACAGCUCCUC